UUUAGAUCAAGAAAGUUUUAUUAUAUGACAGUCAGAGCUGUAGGGAUCUUCAUGAGGUUAAGAUUUUUUUCUCAGAUUUUAUAGUUCCUUAAGAUGUUGAAACAUCUGUUUCUGGUGUGUUUAACCUUGACCUUGCCCGUCAAGGCCAAGAAAUGUAACAACCUACCCCCUAACCUUGAUAAAAUCACGAGAAGUGUCGACAUCACAAAACUGGACCUGCUGCCUCUGGACGUCAUCAACGGUGACGACUUUCUGAGACCAGUGGUCAGCUUGACCUGUGAGGAAGGAAAAACAUGGAAGAAUGCUAACGGCACGAACUUUGACCUACCUGAUCAGGUGUGGCAGAUUACCACGGUGCCCAGUGGCUGGCUGUCACCCGAGAUCAACACCUACAAAUCUCACGCGGACGUACGAGAAGCCAUGAUAAACUCUGCAGGGGUGGACUCCCACCUCGGUCGGUUCGCCUUCUCAGACAGCAAUUCUUACAAGAAACUACAGCACACGAUAGCUACCAAAAACAGAUUCGUCACUGUCCUGUCGGCGUUCGCUUCAACAACCCGCGUGGAUAUCAACCCGCCUGAGGGGCUGUCCUUAGACAACCACGUUCAAGAUUACAUAAAUACAAACUUGAAUGAUACUUACGAUAACAACCCGGAUGCUUAUAUUAAGUUUAUAGAGAGAUACGGCACGCAUUAUUUCACUACAGCUAAAUUUGGUGGAUGUAUUAGGGUGAUGUUUGAAAUCACAAAAGAUUAUUUUUACUCAAACGAAAACGAGGUAGACAUCAACGUUAAAACGACAUACGAUCAUUUAUUAGGGGAAAAGCAAGGCAGCAUUGAUGAAAAGUUUACAAAAUCUUCAGUUCAAACUGUGAAAUACUACGGCGGUGACGUUGAUAUCCUAAGUAAAGUUGGGUUUAGAAACUGGCAGCCGAGUGUUGAAAAGAAUCCCUGGCUUUUUUCUGGAACCGUCAAGCCAAUUAGUAAUUUAAUUAACAAUCAGACUAUCCAGGACUCUAUGAUUAAAGCUGUGAAAAUAUACGAAAUGAAGAGUUUCUUAAACGACCUCCGUGUGAUUAUUACCAAAGCAAAAGAAAAGUCCGAUAACUCUGUAAUCAACUCAUUGCAUAAUCGGGUUACGAUGAUGAUGACUUCAAGUAAAUAUGAAGAGCUUGAAGUCCAAACUUUAGCGCAAGAUGUUGAAGAAUAUCUAACAGUCCCUAGUUGGUUUAGUCAAGAGACGCAACUCUGUCUUCACUGGAGUGGGACCAGUGACUGGCACCAAUGUGGUGGGGGUGUGCCCCAGCUUUUAUGCGCCACCCCCAACUCCCUGACGCAGUGGUACGCCGAUUGGACUGACUGGAGAAGUGGGGGGUGCAAGAUGAAAUGGGGCGUCGAAUCGAAGAACCCACCAGCCUGGUUUAAAGAAGUUCGCCUAUGUUAUCAAUGGUACGCGGAGGAUAAUAUAAAACAAUGCGGGAAUCACAAAGGGCAGACGUUUUGUGCUGCCGUCAACAGCUACACACAGGAGUAUUUGGACGACACAGACAACCGCAAGGGAGGGUGCAAGAUGCGCUGGAAGCUGCAAGUUCCGGAGGGCGCGCCCUUGUGGAUGAGGGCGUCCAGGCUGUGUUUUAACUGGCAGGAGAACGGGGAUAUCGGGCAGUGCGGGGGUGGGGCGCCACGGGAACAAUGCGCGGCGGUCAACGACUGGACGGGAUAUUAUCUCGACGAUACGGACAACAGGAAGGGGGGAUGCUCCAUGAGAUGGGGGAUUAAAACUUCCAACUAA